UUUAAAAAUUAAAAUGAAAAUUUCUACAGGUUCGUUCAAUCUACGAACCUGCUCCGCAGUCACUGCAACAUUCCCCGCCUUAAAAUUCAGUAAUCCAACUCUACGGAGGCACUGUCCAUGUCCCAACUCACCCCUAUUCGGUGCUUGAGCUUAACGAACCGUUUGUGCCGCUUGCCAGUCUCCAUUUCCACUUUUCCAAAGCUCAGCUAGCUUCCUCACUGCCAUAUCCACACACAUUCUGCUUGUGAGCAGAACAGAGCAGAGGGAAAUGGAGAGGGAGGAUGGGUCGCUGGGCGCUGGUGGCAAUGAUGGCCAGUCGAGGCUCUACGAGGCGUUCAACGAACUCCACGCGCUGGCGCAGGAGUUCCACACCCCAUUCGACGCGCCGGCGGUGUUGGUCGUCGGCCACCAGACCGACGGCAAGAGCGCCCUCGUCGAAGCCCUCAUGGGCUUCCAAUUCAACCACGUCGGCGGCGGCACCAAGACCCGCCGCCCCAUCACUCUCCACAUGAAGUACAACCCCGACUGCGAGCUCCCCUUCUGCUGCCUCCUCUCCGACGACGACCCCACUCUCGCCGUUGAAAAGUCCCUCCAACAAAUUCAGGCAUACAUUGAAGCUGAAAACAUGAGAUUGGAAUGUGAAGCUUGUCAAUUUUCCGCUAAAGAGAUUAUCAUUAGAGUAGAAUACAAAUAUUGUCCAAACCUUACCAUUAUAGAUACACCAGGACUUAUUGCUCCUGCCCCUGGUAGGAAAAAUCGAAAUUUGCAGAGUCAAGCUCGUGCAGUGGAGUCUCUAGUGCGAGCUAAAAUGCAGCAUAAAGAGUUCAUCAUAUUAUGUCUUGAGGAUUGCAGUGAUUGGAGUAAUGCAACUACAAGGAGGGUUGUGAUGCAAAUUGAUCCUGAGCUAUCUAGGACUGUAAUUGUCUCAACCAAACUUGAUACAAAAAUACCCCAGUUUGCCCGUUCUUCAGAUGUGGAGGUGUUUCUUUCACCCCCUACUUCUACGAUUGAUGGCUUCAUAUUAGGUGAUUCACCCUUUUUUACAUCUGUACCCUCUGGGAGAGUUGGUUCUGGACAUGAAUCUGUCUACAGAUCAGAUGACGAGUUUAAGCAGGCUAUCUCCUUAAGAGAGAUGGAAGAUGUUGCAUCAUUGGAAGAGAAAUUGGGCCGCUCGCUGUCAAAACAAGAAAGAAGUAGAAUAGGUGUAAGCAAACUUAGGCUAUUCCUGGAAGAAUUGCUGUUAAAAAGGUAUAUGGAUAGUGUUCCAUCAAUCAUUCCACUUCUUGAAAAGGAAUACCGUGGUACAACAAGGAAGCUAAGUGAAAUAAAUCUGGAACUCAGCACUUUGGAUGAAGUAAAACUAAAAGAGAAAGGAAGAGCUUUUCAUGAUCUGUUCCUUACCAAGUUAUCAAUACUACUGAAGGGGACAGUUGUUGCACCUCCAGAUAAAUUUGGGGAAACAUUGCAAGAUGAGAGGGUUAAUGGGGGUGCGUUCAUUGGUACUGAUGGUAUUCAGCUCCCACAUAAGCUAAUACCGAAUGCAGGCAUGCGUCUCUAUGGAGGUGCACAAUAUCAUCGUGCAAUGGCUGAAUUCCGCUUUGUGGUUGGAGGAACCAAAUGCCCUCCAAUUACACGGGAAGAAAUUGUAAAUGCAUGUGGAGUAGAAGACAUUCAUGAUGGGACAAAUUAUUCAAGGACCGCUUGUGUGAUAGCUGUUGCAAAGGCUCGUGAUACGUUUGAGCCUUUUCUUCAUCAGUUGGGCUGUAGGCUCUUGCACAUUCUAAAGAGAUUGCUACCUAUUUCUGUCUUUCUUCUUCAGAAAGAUGGUGUAUAUCUAAGUGGUCAUGAGGUUUUUCUCAGGCGUGUUGCUUCUGCCUACAACAACUUUGCAGAAUCCACUGAAAGAACAUGCCGUGAAAAAUGCAUGGAGGAUUUAGUGAGCACCACUCGUUAUGUCACCUGGUCCCUUCACAAUAAGAAUCGGGCUGGUUUACGUCAAUUCUUGGACUCAUUUGGUGGAACAGACCAGUCUGUUAUGGCUGGUAAUUCUGCAUCUCCUGUUUUUUAUCAAGAUUCACUGGGAUCUGUGGCCAACGACAAGCAAGAAACCAAGCCAAGAGCUGAUGUAAAACUCAGUCAUUUGGCCUCUGGCAUUGAUUCAAACACUUGCAUUCAGACAACAGAAACGAGGCUAGCUGACCUUCUAGAUAUAACACUUUGGAAUCGGAGGCUUGCUCCUUCUUCUGAAAGGAUUGUUUAUGCUUUGGUACAACAGAUAUUUCAUGGCAUAAGAGAAUAUUUCUUGGCUUCUGCAGAGUUGAAGUUCAAUUGCUUUCUUUUAAUGCCGGUUGUAGACAAGUUGCCCACACUACUCCGUGAAGACCUAGAAUCUGCAUUUAAAGAUGAUAUGGAUAAUGUUUUUGACAUUACCAAUUUGCGACACUCACUGGGACAGCGGAAGCGAGACACAGAGAUUGAACUGAAACGGAUACAGAGACUCAAAGAGAAAUUCAGACAGAUACAUGAGCAACUUAGUUUGCAUCAGGUUAUGUGAAGACCAUCACUAUCAUCUCUAUCCCAGUGAGUAUCAAUUUGUUCAGAGUGAUGUUUUAUGUCUAAUUCAUGAAGGAUAUAAUAGAUCUAUAUGAACUUCACUAUUGUCUCUCUUAAGGGAAGAACAAUGAUGUAAGUCUCCUUGUCUUAAUUCUCCAGUUUCAUGUCCUUGUUUUAUUUUUCUUUGAUUUUAUAAAAUUUUAAAGAUAAAGAUUUGCUACUUCUAUUAGAACUUAAAUAUAAUCCUUAAUCGGAAACAUUUAUUGAUUGAA